AUGGAAAUCCGAUUAACUAUUUUACGUUCUCCACACUACAAUGAUACGAUUAAUGUUGAUGAAGAUUUGCAAGAUUAUUUCAGUGAACAAAGACAUAUAAAAUUGAAUCAACAGAUAACAAUUCGACCACUAUUACAACCAGAGUUAGAAGUUCACUUUGUUAUUUCGUCAAUUAUAGACAACACUCAGAAUGAAAAUGAAAAUAAUAAAAAUAAAGAAUAUUUAGUUUCCGGUGAUAUGUGUCGUAUUGUUGUUGAUGUUAAAAAAACUAUUCAAGAUAAAUUAAUGAGUGAAAUAGUAGAAAAUGAUAAUUGUGAUGAAGAUCCAAUACGUUUUGCUACUCAACGUUUGAGACAAAUUUUAAUUACAUUUGAUAUACAAUGGAGUAAACAAACAAAUCUUCCACUUUUGAUUGUACAUGGUCAUUUAGGAUCAAAUAAACGAACAUUGGUACAAUAUGCAUGCAGAGUAACUGGUUACCAUUGUCAUACAGUUUCUAGUCAAUUAUUAACUGGUGAUUCAGCUGCUGCUACAUUAAAACGUAUUGAAAAUGCGCUUCAAACAGCAAUUAAAUGUGCCCCAUGCGUAUUAUUAUUAAGAAAUUUCGAGUAUAUUUGUAAAAUAACUGAUAUAGAUAAUGAUGACUCGAUUAUUACGAAUGGUAUACGUCAACUAAUUCAAAAUAUACAGAUAUCUACAUUAAAACGACCUGUUCUCAUCAUUGGCUUACUAACUAAACUUCAGACAUUAAAUGAAAGACUUUUAUCAUUGUUUAGCUAUACUGUUCAAGUGCCAGAGUUAAAUAUUGAAAUUAGAAAAAAAUGGAUUGUUAAACGCUUAUCGAACAUUCCACUAUCCGAUGAUUUUAGUAUUGAUAUGUUUCUUGCUCAAACAAAAGGUUGGCAAAUGGGUGAAUUAGAACAAUUAGUUCAUUUUAUUAUUCAAGCAUGUUCGGCAAGAAACAAAGAAAAGAUGAUAGACCCUUCAGAAUGGUCAUUGAAUAGUGUUGAUUUUGAUAUUGCUUUAAAAAAAUGUCAUAGUUCAAAAUUAGCUGGACAAAGAAAAGCAAUGAUACCCAGUGUACAUUGGAAUGAUAUCGGUGGUUUAGAAUACGCAAAAAAAGAAAUAUUAAAUACAAUACAAUUACCAUUAUUAUAUCCAGAUUUAUUUGGAGAUAUUGCACGAACUGGAGUUUUAUUGUAUGGGCCACCAGGAGUCGGAAAAACUUUAUUGGCUAAAGGCGUAGCUACUGAAUUAUCUUUAAAUUUUCUAAGUGUACGUGGUCCAGAAUUAUUGAAUAUGUAUGUGGGACAGAGUGAACAGAAUAUACGCGAUUUAUUUCAUCAUGCACGUUUAGCAUCACCGUGUGUGCUAUUUUUUGAUGAACUUGAUUCAUUAGCACCAAUGCGAGGUCGUUCUUCCAGUGAUUCAUCAGGUGUCAGUGAUCGUCUCGUUUCACAAUUAUUAACUGAAAUAGAUGCAUUAAAUAAAACAUCAACAGAACAAGAUACUGGCAAAAAUGAGAAUGUUCAAAUUCAUCAUGUGUUUGUUAUUGGUGCAACAAAUCGACCAGAUUUAUUGGAUGAAUCAUUAUUACGACCAGGAAGAUUUGAUAAAUUGAUCUAUAUUGGUGUAUCUAAUUUACACGAAGAUCGAAUGAAAAUGUUUGAUGCCUUAACACAAAAAUUCAACAUUAGUGAUAAUAAUUUUGAUAAACAUGAAUUCGUAAAACGUUGUCCACUAAAUAUGACUGGUGCCGAUUUUUAUGCAAUUGCAUCGAAUGCCUAUUUGAAUGCCAUUCAGCGUUCAAUAAAAUUAAAGGUUGAUUCUAGUUUACAAAAACAAAAUGUUGAAGAUGACGAGUCAAAGACUGUUUUACUCUACGAUGACUUCCAGUAUGCAUUAGAACAGUUUAGACCAUCUAUUGAUAAAAAUGAUUUAAAACAGUAUGAAAGACUUCAAGAUGGAUUUUCUUAA